AUGCCGCAGUCAUGCAUGGAGACGAUUAUACGCUUGCGUAUCUUGCCAAUUAAAAAGAAGAAGAAGCUGUCAUCGCCCGACUACCUCGAGUUCAACCAGACAACUCAAGACACCAAGUUUACGAAAAUUUCUUGCCGUUGCGGGUUUUCUCAUGUUCGUACUGGUUGGUAA